AAAUAAAUAGAAAACUUUUUAAAUUAAUAUUUUGGAAAAUUCUCUACUUUUAAUAGUUCCCCUUGUCAACAGUUGACAAGAUUAUUUAUUAAACCAAAUUGUUUAGGAGAGUUUCCAGAUAGGUUCAAAACUCUUAAUUUCUUGCCACUGCUCUGUAUACACGGUGUACCAAUAAAAAAUCCCAUGCCCGAUAUUUUGCUAAAAUGUUUAUAACCGAUAAUUUAGUGACCGACUUGAUUAUAACUGUUGUAACCCUUGUAAUCGGUGCAUAUUUUUAUAUUAAACAUAAGUACAGCUAUUGGACCAAUAAGGGUAUUCCCCAAAUUCCACCCAUUUUCCCAUUUGGUAAUUUUGGGAAUGGUUUACCAAAAGGUGUAGGAUUGGGAGCGCAUUCUGCAACUUACUAUGACGAAUUUAAAAGACAUGGACACAAAUUAGGCGGUGUAUAUUUAGGUUUGGAUCCAUAUCUGGUUCUGACUGAUGUUACAUAUGCGAAACAUGUUUUCAGUAAAGAUUUCUCAAAUUUCGUAGAUCGUGGUGUGUUUCACAAUAAAAAUAAUCCCUUUACUGUGAACAUAUUAACGCAAGGUGGAGAAGAGUGGAGAAUCGCCAGGGCCAAAUUUACCAGCAUAUUUACAUCUGCCAAAAUGAAGUACUACUUUAACACCGUUAAAAAAUGCAGUGAUGAAUUAAAAACCCAUUUGGAACUCAUAACUAAAGUUGAUAAUGUAGAAGUUGAUAUUUACGAAGUUAUGGCUUGUUACCUUACCGAUGUGUUAGGAUCGAUAACUUUUGGAGUCGACGCUAACAGUUUCAAAUCUCCAGAUGCCAUUUUCAGGAAAUUAGGACGGCAUAUGUUUGAGACCUUUCCUCUACCAUUCCAAAUUGAAUUAUUCUUAACAAUUUGUUACCCAAAAUUAGCCAAACUUAUGAACUUAAGUAUCUUUCAACCGGAGCUUGCAAAAUUCUAUGGUGAGUUUGUGCCGGAAACUAUGGAGCACAGAAUCAAGAACAAUAUACACAGAGCGGAUUUUCUGGAGUUAUUGAUCGAAAUGAAAAAUUCAGGAAUUGAUUUAUCGCAGAAUGAGAUAGUUGCGCAGUCGUUUGGGUUCUUUACGGCUGGCUUUGAAACAUCAGCAACAGCUGCUAUGCUACUGCUUUACGAACUGAGUAAAAAUCGAGAUAUUCAAAAGAGGGUCAGAACCGAAAUCAAUGAGGUUUUGAAAAAACAUGGUGAUUUCACAUAUGAUGCCAUAAAUGAAAUGACAUAUCUCUCUCAAGUAUUAAAUGAAACCAUGAGAAAAUAUCCUUUACUGGCGACACUUAAUAGGGUCUGUGAGGAUGACUACAAAUUCCCGGAUACUGACGUGAUCAUUGAAAAAGGGACUCCGAUCAUUAUACCAGUUCUAGGAUUUCAUCGUGAUCCAAGCCUAUUUCCCGAUCCUGAGAAAUUUGAUCCUGAUAGAUUUAAAGACAAAAAUGUUAAACAUGAUGGAUAUUUUCCAUUUGGAGAUGGACCUAGGAACUGUAUAGGCGGAAAAUUGGGAAUAUUGCAGGUGAAGCUGGGCCUAGCCGAAGUAAUUAAGAAUUAUGAAGUCUCUCUUAGUCCAAAAGUUAAAGAACCGUUAGUGUUUGAUACAUUUACAUUUGCUACAAAGAUGACGGAAAAAGUCUUAGUAAAGUUAAAAAAAAUCAAUUAAUGUUUUUUAUAUUGAUAAAAAUAUAUUUUAUUAAAUACAUAUAAGUAUAGCUUCAUCACUAAUAUAAAACUACUUGAUAAGUCUACUUAACUCGGCUUGAAGGACCAAGAUUAGAUUGCAAAAAUUAUUUCUUUAUUUAUUACUACAAGAUGGUUAUGUAUCUCUACUCAAAGAUAAUUUUGUAAGUAAUAAAAUUACAUGUUGUCAAUCAAUUUUUUUAUUUCCCAUUUAUAAUAUCAGAGAUUAAACAAUAUAAAAUAUUAAUAUUUAAUUUUUAAAUAUUUUUAUUCCAAUUUCGAUAUCCAGUUCAAUGUUUUGAAAAUAAUUUUAAAAUAAAUCAGCAUUUUUUAUUAUGAUUUACUACACAUCAAACUCGAAGUGAAAAGUGAAAUUGGAACAUGUUUGUAAAUAACUAUAAAAUUAGCCAUUUUAAUUCAAUAAAUAUUUAUUUUCAUAAACAAGAUGAUGCUUUAUUAUGUAAAUAUAAAGAAAAAUGUUUAAAUCAGUACAUCGUAUAAUUUGUAUUUAUUUUAGCGUUAUUUAAAAUACACCUACCUGUUUUUUUGUUAAUGAAUAAUUACUUGGAG